AGCCCGCGCUCGGCUUCUGCGUGCCGCCUCCCAGCGCCGAGCCUCCGCGCUCCCGCCGGCCUCCUGCACCCGAACAGUUGGCGCUGAAAACACUUUUACUCCUUCUCCUCCUUCCUCCAGCCCCCACCUCCCCUCGCGCCAUCCCCGCUCCCCUUCAUCCCCCCCCCCGUCGCCCCCCACGACGGGCACGGAGAGUAAGCCCCGCGCCGAACGCGGCGAGCAGCGGCUCCCAACUCUUGGCCGCGAGCAGGUCGGCGGCUGGAGAUCCCGGAGGCUCCAUCCGUGCCGGUCCUGGCUCCCACUUGAUUCUCCUAUUUUCCAAGAGGAUCUUCUUAUUACCUUUCAACACAGCUUUGGGCAACAUUUCUGGGGGGAGCUCGGUGGAGAAGAUUUCUGGGGGGCGGCGGAAGGAGGCUGGGGGAUAUCUUAUUCUAAGAGAAAAGAAAAGAAAAGAAAAAAGCAAGCAAGGAGAGCGGCACCGAGGGAGCAUUUAUUAAUCGCGCCCGGGCGCUUGGAAUCCCCCUCCGGACGGGCGCGCGAGGCGGGGAGAGCGCGGCGAGGCGCGCCCGCCCCGGCGCCUCCUCCCCGGCCGCCCCCUCCCCACUCUCCGCCGCUCGCCGGCGCGCGCACUCCCCCCGCACCCCCGCGCCGGACCCGCACCUCGGCGGGCGCCACACACUCGGCAGCCCGAGCCGCGGCAGCCGCAGCGGGGAUGGAGGCGGCGCGCACCGAGCGCCCCGCUGGCUGGCCCGGGGCGCCCCUCGCCCGCACCGGGCUCCUGCUCCUGUCGACGUGGGUCCUGGCCGGUGCCGAGAUCACUUGGGGCGCGACGGGCGGUCCCGGGGGCCCCGCGGCCCCGGCUUCGCGGACCCAGGCGCUGCCUCCUCCGCUCCCGCCGCGGACCGGGGCGAGCCCGUGGCCCCGGGAGCUGGCGGCCGCGCGGAGAGGCGCCGCUCGGGGACACCGGCCCACCCCCGAGCCGCUGCCCCAGCCGGGCGGCGGCGGAAGCGAGAAGCCGGGAGCGGCCCGGGGGCCGUCGCCGGCGGACGCUCCGUGGGCACCGGGCAGCCCGGCUGCUGCUGGCAAACCUGGCGGCGCCAGGAGAAGUCGCCGGGCGCAGCCUCCGAGUGCCCUGGAACGAGGGGACAGCCGCGCCACCGUCUUGGCCGAGGAUGCCAAAGGAAGCCGCCCUCUGGCCAAGGGUCUCCGGGAGGAGGCGAAGGCGCCGCGGGCCGGCGGGGCGGCGGCAGAGGAGCUCCGGCUGCCCAGCACUUCGUUCGCGCUGACCGGCGACUCGGCCCACAACCAAGCCAUGGUGCACUGGUCGGGACACAACAGCAGCGUUAUACUGAUCCUGACCAAGCUGUACGACUUCAACCUCGGGAGCGUGACUGAGAGCUCACUCUGGAGAUCAACGGAUUAUGGCACCACCUAUGAAAAGCUCAAUGACAAAGUGGGUCUGAAGACGGUGCUCAGUUAUCUCUACGUCAAUCCCACCAACAAAAGGAAGAUCAUGCUUCUUAGUGAUCCUGAAAUGGAGAGCAGUAUAUUGAUUAGCUCAGAUGAAGGAGCAACCUAUCAGAAAUACCGGCUCACCUUCUAUAUCCAGAGUUUGCUCUUCCAUCCCAAGCAAGAAGACUGGGUGCUAGCCUACAGCCUUGAUCAAAAGCUCUACAGCUCCAUGGACUUCGGAAGACGAUGGCAACUGGUGCAUGAACGCAUCACGCCUAACAGAUUUUACUGGUCGGUGGCUGGACUGGAUAAGGAGGCGGACCUGGUUCACAUGGAGGUGCGGACCUCGGAUGGAUAUGCUCACUACCUCACCUGCAGGAUCCAGGAGUGUGCCGAGACAACCCGCAGUGGGCCUUUUGCCCGCUCCAUUGACAUCAGUUCCCUCGUUGUCCAGGAUGAAUACAUCUUCAUCCAGGUAACAACUGGAGGAAGAGCCAGCUACUACGUGUCCUAUCGAAGAGAGGCCUUCGCUCAGAUCAAGUUGCCCAAAUAUUCACUGCCUAAGGACAUGCACAUCAUCAGCACUGAUGAAAACCAAGUGUUUGCAGCAGUCCAAGAAUGGAACCAGAAUGAUACCUACAACCUCUACAUCUCGGACACACGGGGGAUCUACUUCACCCUGGCCAUGGAGAACAUUAAAAGCAGUAGAGGUCUAAUGGGAAACGUCAUUAUUGAAUUGUAUGAGGUAGCAGGUAUCAAGGGGAUAUUCCUGGCAAACAAGAAGGUGGAUGACCAGGUGAAGACCUACAUCACCUACAACAAGGGCAGAGAUUGGCGUUUACUCCAAGCUCCAGAUAUGGACCUACGAGGAAACCCAGUCCACUGCCUGCUGCCCUUCUGUUCCUUGCACCUGCACUUGCAGAUAUCUGAAAAUCCAUAUUCCUCGGGAAGAAUCUCUAGCAAGGACACUGCCCCUGGACUCUUGGUAGCUACAGGCAACAUUGGCGCGGAGCUGUCAUAUAGCGACAUUGGUGUGUUCAUCUCUUCUGAUGGAGGCAAUACAUGGAGACAGAUCUUUGAUGAAGAGUAUAAUGUCUGGUUCCUAGACUGGGGUGGCGCCCUCGUGGCCAUGAAACAUACUCCUCUGCCUGUCAGGCAUUUGUGGGUGAGUUUUGACGAGGGCCACUCCUGGGACAAAUAUGGUUUCACUUCGGUUCCUCUGUUUGUCGAUGGUGCUCUGGUGGAAGCAGGAGUGGAAACACAAAUAAUGACAGUUUUUGGCCACUUCAGCCUUCGCAGUGAAUGGCAGUUGGUGAAAGUGGACUACAAAUCUAUUUUCAGCCGGCGCUGCACCAAGGAAGAUUACCAGACUUGGCACCUACUCAACCAGGGAGAGCCUUGUGUCAUGGGAGAAAGGAAAAUAUUCAAGAAACGCAAGCCGGGAGCUCAGUGUGCCCUGGGUCGAGACUCCUCGGGGACAGUGGUCUCAGAACCCUGCGUGUGUGCUGAUUGGGACUUUGAGUGUGACUAUGGCUAUGAGAGACAUGGAGAGACCCAGUGUGUUCCAGCUUUCUGGUACAACCCAGCAUCCCCGUCGAAAGAUUGCAGCCUUGGUCAAAGCUACUUUAACAGCACUGGGUACCGGCGAAUUGUGUCCAACAACUGCACGGAUGGGCUGAGGGAAAAGUACACGGCCAAGGCCCAGCUGUGCCCUGGGAAGGCCCCUCGGGGUCUCCAUGUGGUGACGACUGAUGGACGCCUGGUGGCAGAGCAGGGCCACAAUGCAACCUUCAUCAUCCUCAUGGAGGAGGGUGAUCUCCAAAGGACAAACAUCCAGCUUGACUUUGGGGAUGGAAUUGCUGUGUCUUAUGCUAAUUUCAGCCCAAUUGAGGAAGGCAUCAAGCAUGUAUACAAAAGCGCAGGGAUCUUUCAGGUGACGGCCUAUGCGGAGAACAACCUGGGCUCUGACACCGCUGUUCUCUUCCUGCACGUGGUUUGCCCUGUGGAACAUGUUCAUCUUCGAGUUCCAUUCGUUGCCAUAAAAAAUAAAGAGGUCAACAUCAGUGCAGUUGUGUGGCCCAGUCAACUGGGGACCCUUACCUACUUCUGGUGGUUCGGAAACAGCACCAAGCCUCUCAUCACCUUGGACAGCAGCAUUUCCUUCACAUUCCUUGCAGAAGGAACCAAUACUAUUACUGUUCAGGUGGCAGCUGGGAAUGCCCUUAUCCAGGACACAAAAGACAUCGCAGUUCAUGAAUAUUUCCAGUCCCAACUUUUAUCAUUCUCUCCCAACCUGGAUUACCACAAUCCUGACAUUCCUGAGUGGAGGCAAGAUAUUGGUAAUGUCAUCAAGCGAGCUUUGGUUAAAGUCACGAGCGUCCCUGAGGAGCAGAUCCUGGUGGCUGUGUUUCCUGGACUGCCCACUUCUGCUGAGCUCUUUAUCCUCCCUCCAAAAAACCUGACAGAGAGGCGGAAAGGCAAUGAAGGUGACCUGGAACAAAUUGUGGAAAUGUUGUUUAAUGCUCUGAACCAGAACUUGGUCCAGUUUGAGCUGAAGCCAGGGGUUCAGGUCAUCGUGUAUGUCACACAGCUGACAUUAGCUCCUUUAGUGGACUCCAGUGCGGGACACAGCAGCUCAGCCAUGCUUAUGCUCCUUUCAGUGGUAUUUGUUGGCUUGGCUGUGUUUCUGAUCUACAAGUUUAAAAGGAAAAUUCCCUGGAUUAACAUCUAUGCUCAAGUCCAACAUGACAAAGAACAAGAGAUGAUUGGGUCAGUAAGCCAAAGUGAAAAUGCCCCUAAAAUCACACUCAGUGACUUUACGGAGCCCGAGGAAUUGCUGGACAAAGAGCUGGAUACCCGAGUGAUUGGAGGCAUUGCCACCAUUGCAAACAGCGAAAGCACAAAGGAGAUCCCCAACUGCACUAGUGUUUAAGACCAAGUCAUGUGGUCCACCAUAUUUCUGAUGUUUUAUUUUUGAUGAUAAUUAUUACUAUUAUUAUGGGAAAAUGGAAGCGUCUUUUUUACCUUUUGUUUAUCAAUGGCCCUCCAUUAAAAGCGGUUAGAGGCUUAGCUUUGGGAGACAAGGGUGUUCUUAGCUGAAUGAAAUAAGGAGACAACUGUACACAGCGAUAUUUCUGCUAAGGGCAGAGGAUGCAUCUUCCCACAGUCCUCUUGCUUUAUUCUGCCAUGGGUAAAGCAGGAGUCUCUUUUUCUGAGUGGUUUCUCUUUCUAUUUUUUUUUUAAGUGGUUGGCUGUUCAUUAAUCCUCCAUGCCCCUAAAUCACAGACAGCUCUCCUUGGCAUAUGCACCUACAAUCCAAACUGUUUCCCAGUGAGAUCUGCAGGAGGCAGGUUGGUGGGGAGUGGAUGUAGCUAUGGAAAGCUUGUACACCUUUCUGAGAGAGGCUCUGCCUUGCGCAUGUCCAUAGUGAGGCUGCAGAUGGCUUCCUGUAUAUAAUUACCAUGUAAAUAGCUUUUUAUUUCCUAAGAAAUAAUUUAAUGUUUAGUAAAAAAGAAAACAGAAAAAAGAAAGAUGUGUGUGUGUGUGUAUGUGUGGUGGGGGCUUAUGCAGUCACCCUCAGAGAUGACCAGUCCCCCAAGGCCUGCUUGAACUAUUGGGCUCUGGAUGCUUUCCAGUUGUCUGUCACUCUUAACUCUUGCAUCUCUGUGUCCACUCCAUAUCUGGUUUCUACUUAUGUAUAUAAAUGGGGGUGGGGGGAGGGAUACUUUGGGGCAAUUGGUAAAGGAAGACUGUAGUGACAUCAUAGAACAGGGGUAGUCUUUCUGGUCCAUCAGUGGCAUGGAGAAAGUUUCAAGAUGGUGCUCCCGAGGGACUUCAAACUAAGACACAGGUGGGAAAAUGAGGUUUCCCUCCAAAAUCUGACAGUUGAGGAUAGUUUUCAGCUUGAUAAAUAGUUUUUUUUUUAUGUUAGGAAGCCAGGUAGUGGAUCUAACGAUGGCGACCUUUUUUGAUUUCUGGUUGCAUAUUGUAGAAACAUUUCUGGGGACUUCUCAUGCCCAUCUGAGCUCAGAAACGAAAAGUCUUCCAGAUGCGAGGUUAAGUCCAGUGGGUGUGUCUUGGCAUGAGAAGUGUUAGAGUGGUUGUGAGGGAAGUUGCUUUUGCAGAACCAUGAAUCCAUGCCAACCCUGCAGGCCAAUUAGAGGUCUAGCCUUUAAAGAUACUAGUCAAAGAUGAUUUUAGAAAAGCUGUGCUAUUUGCUUGUCAGACAUACACAACUUCCUUAAAGUCAAAUGUCUGCCUUCAGUUCCCUUAAGAUAGUUCUUGCCUCUGGGGUGAGCAGCUGCCAGAGCCUGUAUUCCCUUCUCCAGUACCCAGCCCUUUCACACAUUGGCACCUAUCCGUUCUUUUUAGUAGGGUCACUUGAAGCCAUGCUGUAUGCAUUGUUUUUAUGUUCAGGCUCAAACUGAGCACACUUGUCUUUAAAAUGAUAUGCUGUGUAUAUAAGGGAGGAAAGGAUGAAUUUUGUAUUUGUUUUUGUGGGAUAUUUUGCUCACAUUCUUCUGUGAAGUAUGGAGAAUGUGAUCUAGAGAAAUCUGACUUGCUACAGCAUAAGUCAGGAUUUAGAGUAUAUCUGAAUAUCCUGCGUUUUCGUUUCAAGGGUUAAAUGGGGCAGACAAUUGCAAUACUUGUACUAAACACUGGAAUACAAAUGCAUGAGUCAUAUCUAUAUAUACAGUAUAUGUACAUAUACUGUUCUUGGUUUUAUUGUUCCAUUUGAAUAUUUCUACUGUAAAAAAACAGUGGUUUUGAAAUUGUUGAAAAUAAAUGUAUUUUUGUACAUCAAAGAUAUAAUUCUGGCUAAGAUUUUUCUCUUUGGGUAAUUGUUUUAAGCAAAGAAAACUCUAAAUGGCUUAGAACUAAGACAUUUAUGUUUUGCUCAUGAUUCCUCAGGGCUUCUGUGGUUUGGCUAGUUUAUAUGCCAACAGCAGUUAGGCCUGCUCUACGAGUUGUUGUCAUUCCAAGAACUGCAGCUAUUGAAAUAUGGAAUUCUAUUGGUAGAUUAUAGAAUUCCAGGAUAGGCCAGUAGAAUGUUCUGAGCCCGUAAGGAUUUGGUUCAGAAUCUUACUCUACUAACCAUCAUCUUCAUUCUACUGACUAAAGAAAGACACUUGGCCAAGUCCAACAGACUCUGCCUGUGUUAGGCAAAUGUGUUUCUAACAUGAAAUAGCUUUGGGUAUAUAACUCCAGUCUAAGGAGGUAAUAGGACUUGAAAACAGUAGUACUAUCUACUAUGCCUAUUUUCAGUGAUACAUGCAGAGCUUUGCUGAGAUGACCUUUUAAAAUCAUUAGUAAUUUGUGGCUACAGAUUCUGAGCAGAAGUCUUAAUAACCGCAAAGACUUAAGUUGGUGGAGGAAAAUGACUACUGGUGGAGGGAUUGGUUUUGAAACAAUAUAUGCUUGAAACCCAAUUAUGAAUAACUUUGUAAUCUCACAAUGACUAUCUUUUAAAGGGGACAAAUUAAAGGACAUGUUGGUUUUGAAAAAACUGUGGGUGAGUUGAGAGACAUAGAAAUGCAAUUAGAAUCUGAUGAUUUCAGCAGGUGGAAUGAAGUGAGGUGAGGAAAAAGAUAAUACAUAUACACUAUAAUUUUAUCUGUUUUAUGAUAUUUUAUGCAUUAUAAGGGCUAUGUUGGAUUAUCAUAUUAUUGUUUAAAAUUUAUGAAAGGUGUCCAUGAAAUUUAGAAACUCAAGAAACCAGAAAACUGUGGCCAAUUUUUCUACUUUAUU